AGCCAAUCAGCCAUUCAUGCAUACUUCAGAUUUCUUUUAUUUUAAUUUCUUUUUUCAUUUGCAACAGAAUUCUCAAUUUUGUCUGAGAAAACGAGGAAAAAAUAAAAUGAAUUGAUUUAAUUCCGGAAAAAUCGGUCUGAUAGGUAGUUUUUGUUUUGUUUUGUGUGUUUUGAUGGCGUCGUGGAGGGUGAUAGCAUCAAGUUCACCGCCCAAUCCGGAUCUUCCACGUAAGCAUACAACCUCCCCUUAAAUCUCCACUACGAUUAGAGCCGGCGGGUUUUCCAUGGAUGAUAUACUCCGCAACAUUUACUCCGAUUCCGAUGCAUUCGCUCAGGAGAACAACGCCGGUGACGGUGCCGGAGGAGGUGAAGAAUCGGCCGCAGACGGUAGCGGCGAGGGAAUGGGGAACGCGAACGGGAGCAAGACGGUGGACGAGAUGUGGAGUGAAAUUGUGAGCGGCAGCGCGGAGCCGAGGAUGACUCUGGAGGAUUUCCUGGCUAAGGCGGGGGCGGGGGACGAGGAGGAUGCUAGGGUUCCGGAGGCGGAGGCGACGGUGGGGCCGGCGGUGUCCGGCGUCUUUGGGAUGGACGCGGUCGUGAUGAAUCCCGCGGCGGCGGCCGUUCAAUUUGCGCCUCCGCCGGCGAUGUCCGUUCAAAACGGAUUCGGCGUGGAGUUUGGGAGCGGGAGGGGUAGGAGGAGGGUGGCGGUGGAGGAGGCGCCGCUGGACAAGGCCACGCAGCAAAAGCAGAGGCGGAUGAUUAAGAACAGGGAAUCUGCCGCUAGAUCCAGGGAGCGAAAGCAGGCCUACACGGUUGAGUUGGAGUCUUUGGUGACGCACCUCGAAGAAGAAAAUGCUAGGCUUUUAAAAGAAGAGGAUGAAUUGAACAAGAAGAGAUACAAACAGCUCAUUGAGAACCUAAUUCCGCUCGUGGAAAAGAGAAGGCCCCCGAAGGUUUUGAGGAGAGUGCAUUCCAUGGAGUGGUAGGAGGUUUUCUAGUCAAUGGGCUGAUGAUAAGGUAGAAAGGCUAAUACAGAAACUAGUUAUUUUGUCCAGCAAAUGGGAGCCUUAGUAAUGUCGCAGGAGGACAUUCCGGCAAGGGAUCUACAGAUGGACAUUAUUUUCUUAUUUUGAUAUUCAUUUUGUUGGGGGAUUGAGAGAUGCAGUUUGAGAUUUCAAACUCAAAAGAACUGAACUCGUCUGCAGGCAGGUUGAGAAAACAUAUUUAUUUAUAUAUCUGUAGUUAAUUCCAGUAGCAAGGUUUUUGUUGAUAG